AAGACUGCAUUUGUAUUCAAAUAGAGUUGGGACGUUGGGUAUUCAGAUCCUACAGAUCGCUGGUGCCUGGAGCUGACACGAGCAUAUAACUACUACAGGCGUUGCCGUCUUUAUUCUAUAUCUCCCAGCUGCAAAUUCAUAAUGACACUCCCCAAAUUCCUUGUCCUCUGCAUCGAUCAUGGAGACAUUGAGAUCCUCCAUCAAACCCUCCAAAAAUCAUGGCCCACCCACCACCAAUCUGUAAACAUAACCACCAUCCACGAGAAUCUCCGCAAGCUUUCCCCGGAAACCUAUAAAUUCGACCUAAUGGUCUCCCCCGCGAACUCCUACGGCAUCAUGGACGGCGGCUUCGACGAUGCCAUAUCACGCAGUUUCUGUCUACCGCACCAUGAUUAUCGCGCAUUGACAAAUGUUGCGCAACAAAAGCUGUACGAACAGUGGCGCGGGUUUGCGCCACCGGGUACGUGUACGUUGGUUAGCCUGCCGUCUGAACUGCGCGAAACGAAUCGAUGGGGUUGCAAGUAUUUGGCGAUUUGUCCGACGAUGAGGACGCCUGGUGACGCGCGGUGGGAUAGGGAGGUUGUGUACGAGUGUGUGUGGAGUUUGAUGUGUGAGGUUGAUCGAUGGAACAGGAACGUUGAUCGCGAUCAUGGGGAUGAGAGCACGAUUGAUACGAUAUUGAUUACACCGCUGGCUACGGGAACUGGAGGUUUUGUGCUUGCCUUGAAGCAUUUUGUGGAUGCCCUGGAGAGACCUGAUCGGUGGAGUAGAUUGAAGUGGGAAGACUUGCAAGAAGUCAAGAAGGUUCAGAAGACGUGGCAGACGUGA